GGUCGCGCGCGGGGUCGCGCUGCCCGCCGUCAUCGUGCCGGCGCCGGUCGUGAGCAUCGCCGGCGCCACCACCGCGCCCGCCUCGUCGUCGCUCCCGCCCGUACCCGUGUCCUCAGGUUUAGUUGCCAUGACGACGCGGCCAUCGGACAUUCUCUCGAUAGCGGUUACCACGGCGCAGGCGAUGGAUGGCAGUGUCGUCGACGCGUCCGGGAAAUCGCCGCCGCUGCGCUCGGAAUCUGACAACACAGAGGGCACCACCUUCGUACGGCAGCAGGCCGGCGCCGUGCUGAUGCUAGGUGGAGGAGCUCUCGUUUCCGCUUCCCCCCGCCAGGCCUCGCCAAUGAAGGACCACACGCAGGUGCCCGGCGUUUCCCCGCCGAGCAUGUCUUCCCUGUUUGAGAUAUCGCUGCAGUCGAAUGACGGUUUGAUGCCGACCGGCAUGGACACGACGGAGAAACUCAUCGAUUACGCUCUCGGAGACGCUUCCUUCUCAGGUUUCCUGAGCCAGGGCAGUGACGAGAGCAUCAAGGUCUAUCCGAAUGGCCAUGCUGGCAUAGCUAGUCUACCGCAGGGCCUCUACAGGUCCGAUGACCUGCACCCAUGGCUAGCCGGAGAGGAGGCACGUUACUCGUUCAGCAAUCUACUCGAGGAUGAGAAGUGCGGUGAGAAGAGCCAGGGCGCUGGCAUGUCAGCCGGCGUCAACGAGUCGUCGCGAGACUCCAUACUGAGUCGUCUCGCCCAACUAGACACCGGGGUUGAGACGUCGCUCAACACCGCGCUGCACUCUGUUCUGCUAGAGAACAGCAUUGACUACUCGGCGAAGUUCGCCGAUCUCGCCGCGCAGAUCGCGAUGGACAGCAGCUCGAAGAAAACGUAGAGGAACGGACGCAGCAGCGCGCGCGCUCGGACAGACGGGCACGCAUGCGUCGAUGUCGUCAAAGCUCUGGGUCAGGUCGUCGGGUCAACAGAGGUCAUCAGGUCAACAUCCACUAUGUGUGAGGUCAUCGGGUCAACAUCCACUCUAUGUGAGGUCAUCGGCUCAACAUCCACUCUGUGUGAGGUCAUCAGGUCAACAUCCACUUUGUGUGAGGUCAUCGGGUCAACAUUCGCUUUGUGUGAGGUCAUCAGGUCAACAUCCACUGUGUGUGAGGUCAUCGGGUCAACAUCCACUCUGUGUGAGGUCAUCGGGUCAACAUCCAGUGUGUGUGAGGUCAUCGGGUCAACAUCCAGUGUGUGUGAGGUCAUCGGGUCAACAUCCACUCUAUGUGAGGUCAUCAGUCAUCAUGUCAUAAGAGAUGGGACACGUGGUGCAUGGGGGUCAGAUGUGUGAGUGCUGCGUGGUACGUAGGGUAAAUGCAACUGAAUGCACGCGGGGCAUCAUACUCAUAGUCUCAGUGAUUACGCGUCAGGUUACGCCAUGUAUUUCAAUUAAUGUAAACCAAGCCAAUCAUGGUUGUGUGGAACAGUUGGAGCUUCGUUCACGAAAGUUCUUAAUUUAGCAUCGUAUUUCUUAUUCGUUUUCGAAUCGUAAUUCCGUUCUUCGAAUGAAGAAGGCCCAUUUUAAAACACCACAAAGCUUCGUGUUAGAAGAGCCAAACAUAACACAGGAAGUACUAAGAACAGGUCUUUAUGCUCGGGGUACGUACUAGCAUUUGUGUUUUCACAGUUAGUGAAUAUGUGCAGCUUCACGUUGUCGCCGAGUAAACUUUAACGUAUAUUGAAGCAGCGACAUGUGACCGGAAUGAUUAUAGCAGAAAGAUUUCUAGUAGCUUAGCAGAGAAUCCUCGGUUGUUAUGUGCAACUGUAAUGUUAUGUGCACUGUAAAUACUACGAAGAUCUUCGUAUCUUUUGUGUUUAUAAGAAAAAAGACCUUUUAGUCACCAUUGAAAGGUUUCGAUAGUUUUCUACCCUAUAUUUUUUCCACAAUUAUCGUUUAUCCGUGCAAUUGAUGGUGUGUCGACUAAAAUGUCUUCACACUGUUACUGUAGGUAAUUGAUUUUGACCAUUUUCUUAGAGAAUGUCCUUAUAUAUUGUCUAGGUUUGAUGACCUCAUAUAUAAAAUAGGGUGAUUUCUUGUACGUGUUUGUGGGUAGUUUUGUAUUCCUUUGAUGUAAUAUUUUGUAUACAAAAUGGGGAGUUGAAUGCCAUCAAUACCUUACAAAACUGUAGUUGAUUCUGAAUAUAGAACACGUAAUUAAUUAUGAAAGCAAUGGUUGGUUAUGUUUUGUUUCAUGUGCUAUGUAAUAUAUGGUUUAAUACAUUGGCAAUAAUAUUAUUUAUCAGUAA